AUGUCUCGGAGUCACUCUUCAUGGUCAAAACAUCAACUCGUCGAGUUUCUUACAUCCGAGGGAUUCCCUCAUCUUCCUCCAAGCCACCCUGCACGCAUCUCCAUCCGCGCGGGGUCCCUCGGCUUCAUCCUUGCCGUUCUCCCCUCACUCGCACCAUUAAUCACAUCAAAAAGGAUGGGAAAAGAGGGGAAAAGGGCACUCAACGUGCUCAAGCGUGAGCUCGGGCCCAAUGGGUUCCCGUUUGCCGUUGUCCUCGUGUUUGGGGGAGUACACAAGAGGAGAAACGAAGCCUUGGAAGAGGACGAGCAAAAUCGAGGCAAAGCAGAGUCGGCGGUCAAGACGGCUUUGACGACGUUUGUGCUAUCUUUAUAUGCUAUUUAUCGUCUUCAGCGUCGACCGAAUUCGAAGGGACGCGUCGUGGAGAUUCCGCUCACGUUGCCGUCGUCGUCGUCGUCGAUGAAGACGUCAGUGUCAUUGGAUUUGACAAUCAUCUUUUGCGUGCGUGCGCUCGAUGCGCUCUUUCAAAGAGCGAUUGUGGAAUAUUCGAGCUCUCGACGGGCGUCGAGGGUAAAAGUCGAGAAGCUUAGGGAGCAUUUGGAUGUGCUCCUCUUUACGCUUGCGAGCUCGAGGAUAAUGUGGUGCUUCCUCUAUCAGCCGUGGAGGUUACCCCCUGGAUACGUCAAAUGGAUCAACGCCCUUGCUGAAAUCGACCAACGACUCCUCCUUGCCCUGCGAGCUCUGCGCGCGGGUACAUGGAAGUAUGGCCACAAUCUCCCAGAGACGAAAGAUAUCCUCAUGUCUCACGCACGGGAUCUUGGCUAUCCUUCCUCCUGGGGAGAUCCCUCAACGUUGCCGGCGCAUGGUGGACCAGCCGCCGACAAAAUCUGGCGCGAGCUCGGUGUCAAGAGCAGACCCGGGAUAGGAGGUCUACCAUGCGAACUCGUACAUGGGGACGUCAUGACAUCCAGCUGCGCGACAAACGCCCUCACGCGCUGGAUCCGUGCAUUCAUGAAGGCCUUUCUCAUCUAUCUCCCCGUACACACCAUCCCAACGCUCCUCGUCAACCCCAUGCGCAUCCUCCAGGACCCCUUUGCGCUCCUUUUUGCCAUUUCGCGCUCGUCGGCGUUUAUCGCGACGUUUGUCGGGUCGUAUUUUCUCGACCAUUUGUCUUUCGAGAACGGUGCUUGGACCGAGAUUGUCAUCGAUGGGUCCCUCGGUGGUGUCGCGCUCGGAUGCGUCAUGUGUUGUCUCAGUCUGUACAUUGAACGUGGUAAACGGCGUGGAGAGAUUGCGUUGUAUGUGUUGCCCAGAGGGAUCCGCACGCUCUUUAAAGAGUCGUGGCUGCGAAGCGGGUCUGCGUCGGUGCUCGUCGUCGAGAGGUUUGCAUUUGCGUUUGCGUGUGCUACGCUUGUCACGUUUGCAAAGCAUGACCCCUCGAGUCUCCGAGGGCUCUCGCAAUGGGGACUCGGCUUUGUCUAUGAAGGUUGGGAUGCACUCCGGAGAAAGAGGAGAAGAGUCGAAAGCUCCGAGUAA